AUGGGGACUAAGUUCUUCUUUUUCACAAAACCGGUCCGUGCCAUCAUGCGGGAUAUGCAAUCCGCCGCUUUUCUCCUUCUGGACACCUUGUUGCAGUUGAGGCAGGGGGACACUGAGAAAUUCAAGGGCGAACUGCUCAGAUUCCCGGUCAAGGAGGGCGUCGGAAGAAUCUCCGAGGAGUUGCUCAAGGAAGCCAUGCCUUUGCAGCUCGUAGAGCUGCUGUUCAGCUACUACGGUGAGGCUUAUGCUGUGGAGGUGACGGCCCUGGUGCUGCAGGCGAUGGACUACAAGCCGCCGGUGGACGAUCCCUCGGGUAUCACCUGGCUAAGUAAGGGACUGGGAGCGGAGCGGGGGUUCGAUCCGACAGAUGGUGCUGACACCUCGCGGGUUCUGUCAGUACCGAGAGCUCAGCUCCCUCCCAUGGUUGCCUUCGUCCUUGGGUGGGUAAACCUUUCCUGCUCGAGUCCCCAUAUCCUCCUGGGUAACAUUCCAAAGAAUCAUAGAAUCUAAGAGUUGGAAGUGACCCCAAGGGAGAUCUAGUCCAACCCCUUGAAAUUUAGGGAUUUCAGCUAAAGCAUCCAUGGCAGAUAGACGGCCAUCCAACCUCUGCUUAAAAACCUCCAAGGAAGGAAAGUCCACCACUUCUCGUGGGAGUCUGUUCCACUGCUGAACGGCUCUUACUGUCAGAAGGUUUUUCCGAAUGUUUAGUCGGAAUCUCUUUUUUUUGCAGCUUGAAGCCAUUGCCUCAAGUCCUACCUUCCAGAGCAGGAGAAAAGAGCCAAAGGCCAGUGGGGGGUGUGGAGGUCCAGGGUGAAAUCAGCAGAAUGAUGGAUGUAAAUAUUCCCUGUGUAAAGUGCGGUGGCGUCUUCCCACACCCCUCUGCCCUCCAUCUGAACCAGGGCUGGCCCAAGACAUGUUAGCACCUGAGGCAAAACAUUACACGGCAUCCGCUCCCCACCAAGGAAGAAGGAACAUCAGAAACAGGGUGGGAAAUAAAUGUAGAAGCCAGCAAAUAGUUGAGAAGAGGCCUUUAAGUCAAGAGAGUCUUCAAACCCUCCUGGAUCAGUUUCUCUCUUCUGGGCCAGGCUGAGCUCCUUCAAUCACCUGAGAGGCUAGAAGGAUGGGAAGCUGCCUUCGGGCACAUUGGGCCAGUGGGUCCAUCUAGUUCGUUCCAGGGAUUUAGGCAGGAAUCUUUCCCAGCCCUUUCUGGAUCCUCCAGGGAUUAAACCUGGGAUCCUUUGCAUGCAUGUGAUCUAGUACAAAUCCACAGCCCUUCCCUACUUAGUCCAGUCUGAAAGUGCUCCCUGUUCAUUGUGCUCCAACAGGAAGAGAAGGGGAAUGUAGGAGUGCUGGAUUUUUUCUGUUCAAUAUGGCUACUAACAUCAAUAAUCACCACAGUGCAGAUUACACAUUUAUGGCUGCUGGCCGCACUGAAUACCUUGAAGGAGUCAGAUCUGAAGAAGUUCAAGAAGGAUCUCAGCAUGUUCCCCGUCAAGGAAGGCUAUGUCAGUAUCCCCAGGAAACUGCUGAAGAAAGCAAAUGCUUGGGAGCUCACAGAACUGCUUCUUGCAUACUGUGAUGAGGAUUAUGCUGUGGAAGUGGCUUCAGAGGUGCUGAAAGCCUUUGACCGUGAGCCCCUGCCAGAAUGUCCCCCGAGUUUCACCAGGAAAGGUAAGGAACUUGGAAGGGAGAACGUUGGCUGAGUCUGAUGGGACUGGGUGGAGAGGAGGCUUCUUGAACAGGGCUGUGUGUGUGUGUGUGUGUGUGUGUGUGUGUGUGAAACCUAUGUGCCAAUCUGUGUAUGUCUUCUUGACAUUGUGGGAAUGUUAAGGAAGGUUGGAGAUGAUAUAUUGUUUUGAUAUUAUCCCUCCUCACGCUAGUGAUAAAUAGCAGAGCACAUUCCCUUUUCAACUUAUAGGAAGCAAGUUGAUUCAAAUAGGCCAAGGGUUUGACUCAGUAACGCUUCUGAUGUGCACUCACUUUCUCAAUAUCUAGCAGCAGAACGACUUUGUGAAAUGCAUGUUUCAAGGCACCGGUCAGCUGAAUUCUUGUCCUCAAAAAUUAAUCAAGCUCUGGAGAAACUGAUUCCAUCAGAAAAAGCCACCAAAGGGUAAUUUCUGUACUUAUAUAAUUGACUGAAGCCACAAUUUUAGCUACAGCUUUAGCAGUGUUUUCCCCCUCUCAACUAACCCUUCCAAUCCAAAGCAAAUGUAAAAUCUAUUGCUCUUAAAACAAUACAAGUCAGUUCGCAAGCUCUCCUGCUUAAAACAAAAAUGCUUUAGCACUAAUUUAACAAGUGUCUGGAGGUGAUUGGAGGAUGGAUGGCAGCUAACAGAUUGAGGUUGAAUCCUGACAAGACAGAAGUACUGUUUUGGGGGGACAGGGGGCAGGCCGGUUUGGACGACUACCUGGUCCUGAAUGGGGUAACUGUGCCCCUGAAGGACCAAGUGUGCAGCAUGGAGGUCAUAUUGGACUCAAAGCUGUCCAUGGAAGCGCAGGUCAAUUCUGUGUCCAGGGCAGCUGUCUACCAGCUCCAUCUGGUACGCAGGAUGAGACCCUACCUAUCCGCAGACUGUCUCACUGAGUGAUGCAUACCUGGUUAUCUCCUGCUUGGACUACUGCAAUGCACUCUAUGUGGGGCUACCUUUGAAGGUGACCCGGAAACAACAAUUAAUCCAGAAUGUGGCAGCUAGACUGGUGACUGGGAGUGGUCACUGAGACCACCAGUCCUGAAAGACCUACAUUGGCUCCCAGUACGUUUCCGAGCACAAUUCAAAGUGUUGGUGCUGACCUUUAAAGCCCUAGGUGGCCUUGGCCCAGUAUACCUGAGAGUGAAACAGAAACAGAGAGUGAUGGUUGGCUGGGGGUAGACAGCAAACCAAGGGAGGGAGACAGGAAGGCAUGUGGGUGGGCAGUGGUGGGGAGAAAAUAUUGGGGGGGCUAUGCCCCCAGAAGAAAAUUAUUGGGGGGUUGGCCAAAGAACCCUCAUUGGCAUUUAUGGUAAGGAAGCAGUCUGUAUCCUAACUAUGUUCCAAUUCUCCUCUCCCCACCUUCUGUUGCCUAAAUAAAAUAAAUGUUUCUGCCACAGGUCAUUGGAAAGAUCCACAAUCUCUAGUGAUGAGAUGAUCUACAAGGGAAGAAAACAAUUAAUGGAAAUUCUUGAAGCGGAUAUUGAACUUUUUUUAGACGUGCUAUGCUUUUGCUAUGUCAUCACUCUGAAAGAAUACAGAGAGAUUUUCAAAGUGUGGAAAAUUUUAAAGAGGAAAAGUAAAAAAUUGCUGAGUAUAAUCCAGGAAAGAGGGGAGCAAGCUUGUUGCAGGUUCCUGGAAUGCAUAGAAAUUGUACGUCCAGGUUCAGUUCUGAUUUUGCUGUCUGCAAGGCAUGGUGAGUUUGACUUAAACUUCAAGGGCAGUUCAACUUACUUCCUCCUUGCAACAGUCAUGUCAGGCAAAUAACUGUCUUCCUUUUACAGGUUUGGAUCAAACUCCACUCAAGGCAGUUGGCCAAAUAGGGCCACAGCGGGAAGAAAGCAGGAAGCUGGAGAACUCAGCAAGUUCUUGGGAAAGUGUCCUGUGUGACUUGCGUCUCAGGGAGGUAAGAGGCUGACCUCUAUUGAUGUGCAUUUUUCACCCACAGGAAUAAGGUACACAUUGAUAUUUUUAACAUGAAGCCACUGAAUUUAAAUUUCUAGUUCCCUAAGGAUAGCAUUUAUCCCAUCCUUGGUAAUUAUUUACAUAUUUGCUAAUGGCUGAUAGCAGGAAAUAAGGCUGCAUCUAGCCAGGUGGUUCCUGUGGGAAUGUUGUGGGUAGCAGGAGAGGAUAUAUUGAUUUAAUAUUAUCCUUCCUAACUCACACUAGUGCGUUUAUUCAUACAGCAGAGUGCAUUCCCCUCUUUACACAGCAGGAAGCUAGUUGCAGAUUCGUUAGAAUCUCUUAAGUUCUGUUAUUCAUGGCAAGACCCCUUUGAUUCCCUCGUAAAAGAAUAAAGACACAACAGUCUUCUUUUAAAAGUAAUAAGAAGUUUACUCACAUUCAGUUCACAGUUGGAUCCCUGAAGGCAGGCUUUAGCUUAGAGUUACAGAAGAAAGUUUGAGUUCAUCCCAUAUGAGAACUCAUCCCACAUGCUGCUGCUGAGAGCCAGAAGUGCAGUCCAAGAGAAGAAAGGGCAUCAAAAGAGGGAAGGUGGCUGCGUGACUGGACAUUUUGUUAGGUCUGGAAGGGUCACACCCACCUACCUGGUCACAAUCAAAGGAAGGAUGUUCCAGACCAGGUGUAACAGGAAGUUCAACUGGCUGGACCAACAUUCCCCUGCAUGUCCACUCUAGGCAAACAGGAAAUGUUGUAUUUGACUGCUUAUGUUACAUCCCACAGCUCCUUGUGCUAAUAACUCAUGGUGAGUGUCACACUGUUUCCAUUUAGUCAGGAAUCGUCUUGCCUUGCUCUUAUUUUAUGGGCCAGUUGAUGUCACAUUUCAAAUCCUCCCAUAUUUUCCAGUGCUUAAACUCUUUCCAUUUAAUAAGAUCAUUGCACGUCUGCACAAUUGUAAUGCUGUGAUUCCAGUUUAGUGUGGAAUCCUCUUGAGUCACAUCUGCUUUAGAAGGGCCCAUUUGAUGUGGUCAUCCAUCUGUUAAACUCCCAUAUUUUUCAGUGCUUUAAACAUUUUUUAUUAACACGCAUUCAACUCAUGUUAGGCAUCUUCAGAUGUCAGUGUGUGAACACCUGUCCAGAAGAUAAUUCUCUGAGUGCAUCUUGACUCCUGGUUACAUGCAUAUUUUCUAAAUUCCAGGAUACUGCUUUGCUGUUAUCCCUACUUAUCUGGAUGAUGAAUAUUAUUGAAUGUGUUUCAGUGUAAUGAGAUCUUACAAUGAGAAGGAAGAAUGUUGCAUUAAACAUACAUUUUUUAUUUUUUUUUACUGAUAAAUUUUUAUUGGUAUUAUACAUAUAUACAUAUAAACUUAUACAAAGUCCAAUACUUAAAUUACACAUAAUAUAUUCAUUCCAUAAAUCAUAAAUACAUUUAUUUUAGGCUCUGCCAAGCCUUGAACUUCCUUCCACUCCUUUGGUAAGUAUCAAAUAGACUUUAUAUUCACGUAUUUUAUCUCUUUUACAUAAUAACCUUUUACUGUUAGAGUUAUUCCAAUCCCGCCAGUGUCGUUUAAAGUUUAGUCCCAAUAUAUAUCCAAUAUUUAAUCCAAUUAUCAUGAAAUUUCUGUUCAUCUUGAUCUCUUAUUCUUCCUGUUAUUCUAGCGAGCUCGGCAUAAUUUGUUAAUUUAAUCUGCCAAUCACUUAUAUUAGGUAUGGCGUCCGUUUUCCAAUUUUGUGCUAACAUGAUUCUUGCGGCUGUUGUGGCAUAUAAAAAUAGUACCUUAUCUUCUUUUUUGAUUUCUUUACCUGUCAUUCCUAGCAGAAAGGCUUCGGGUUUUUUUGGGAAACGUGUAUUUAAAAAAAUAUUAAGCUCGUUAUAAAUCGAUUCCCAAAAGCCUUUCACUUUGCUGCAUAACCACCACAUAUGGUAGAAGUCACCAUCUACUUCUCCACAUUUCCAACAUCUUUUGUUCUUUAACCUAUAGAUCUUAGCCAGUUUCACUGGUGUGAGGUACCACCUAAAUAUCAUUUUCCACAUAUUUUCCCUUAAUGCCAUACAUGCCGUGAACUUCAUGUUAGUAUUCCAUAAUUCUAGCCAUCUCUCAAAAUCGAUGUUAUAGCCGAUGUCUAUUGCCCACUUAGUCAUAACCUCCUUCACCUCCACAUUAAACAUACAUUUUAAAAAUAAUGCUAAUAUCAUCAGUUUACUAACACACCGUACUUCAGGAAUCAGUCUAGGUUAGUCUACUGUGGCCAAAAUGAAUACAGAGCACAGCAGGUGAAGAAGAAGCUGUAGCAGUGUGUAGUUGUGGCUUUGGCCUCAAGUGGUGCUCCUUGGUGUGGUCACAGGGGUGUUAGAAACAGACAAGAAUGCUGCCUUUUCAGAUGGGAUCCACAUUCUGGCAUCCACAUAAAUGAUUACAGUUUCAUUAUAGGAUCUUCCAGAAAAAAUGAAACCAGAGGUGGUUUCAGACUCAGAAAGGGGCAACGAAGCACACAGGUGAGUGAUCUCUCCAUCAGACAUUUAAAAACCUUUUCCAUUCAGGGAACGGUUUUUACAUUUAAUUGUUCCACAGAGCACAUCUGGUUUCAGUGGGUCUCACAGUCAUCAGAUAUGGUGGUGCUCCCUAAAACAUACACAGAGUACAUCUACAGUAUGUUCUGCACAUUGCAAUGAACAGUUGGCCAUGGUGGGCAAAUUCUGUCUCAAGGAAGCUUACCCACCAGUCCUGAUCUCUUCACUGAGGAACUCCUGGGUCCCUCAAAUACAGCUGGAAAAUCAUUACCUUGGAGCAUUGCUGUUGCUUAUUAUUUCCAGGAGGGUGAAAAAUAUGGAACUCUGGAUUUUUUGAGGAAUUGUUGUUUCUCCUCCUUAAAUAUAUUUUUAUUGAUUUGAUUUAAGUCAUAUUCCACCUUUCUCCCAAGGAGUUCAAGGUGGCAUGCAUGGUUUUCCUCUCUGCAUUUUACCCUCACAAGAACCCUAUGAGGUACUUUAGGCUAUGAGGCAGUGACUGGCCCAAGGAGCUUCUUGAAGGAAGGGAGUUGUCUCCUUACCUCCCUCCCUCCCUGCCAUUUCCUAAGCUUUCUUGCCACUCCCCUAAAAUCUAUUUUUUUUGUUCUUUUCUACUAGAAAAAGAACCAUUCAUGCCAUUUUUUUCAGUUGAGGUAUUGGAGUUGUGUUUCCACAUCUCUAAGCCAAUACUCACAUAAAGGAGUAUAGGUGUGCACAGUUCUCUUGUUAGUCUUGAGUAGCUUUCUGCAUUCUUUGAUAUUUCAUGAUCAGAUGUUCUCAAGUGCAACUUGCCCAUCUCAUUCUAUGUGAGAGGAUCCAGACCAGGGGCCCUCUGAGGACACAAGACAACUGGGACCAAGGCAGGUACAGAACUGACCUGCUUGUUUUUCUUUUCUUCUUCUUUUUUGAAUUUGCAUUUUAUUUAACAUUCUUAUAUUACAUCGGUAAAUGUUGACAUAUUACAUUACAGGACUUACUAUAAUAUAAUUUCCAACAUGUAUACAAAAAUUAUAUACAAAUUUUAUAUACCUAGAAAGAAAAUAAAACAAAAAGAAAGAAAGAACAAAGAGAAAAAACAAAAACAAUUCCCCCCCAAAAGAUCAUAUACAUACCAACACACUAGACUUCCUGUCUAUUCCGUUGUAUAUUCCUUUUUUACAAAUGAAUGUACUCUUAUUAUUGUAUAUUUCUUUACAUUUUAUCUAAUACAUUCCUACAUCAAUAUGUGCUUUUAGUCUUAUUUCUCAACUCAUUCUCGCUCCAACGUCAAUCAAAUGCUAGCAUAGAUAGCGAACCAUUACUGUAUUUUUUAACAUAUGUUUUAUGCCUAUCCCACUUUUACAUAAAUUUUUGUUUUGAAUCGCCUCUCAGGGUAUUUGUUAACUGCGCCAUUUCAGCAAAUUAUUGUAGCUUGUAAUGCCAGUCCGUUAUUGUCGGGGCUUCUUGUUCCUUCCACCCCUUUGCCACCAAAGUCCGAGCUGUGGCUGUUGCAUAUAAGAAUACCUUCCUAAAGGCCAUUGGGAUGUCCCUGCCAACAAGGCUUAACAGAAAUGCCUCUGAUCUUUUUAAAAAAGUUAUUCCAAACAUUUUUUUCAACUCCUCGUAAAUUAAGCCCCAGAAUACUUUGAUCUUCCUACAUGUCCACCACGUAUGAUACAUGUCGCCAUUACUCCCACCACACCUCCAACAAGUAUUCGCUAAAUUUUUAUACAUCUUCGAUAGUCUUGAGGGGGUGAGGAACCACCUGUGCUGCAUUUUUAACAUAUUUUUUUUAUGUUAUAACACGCUGUAAAUUUCAUAUUUGUUCUCCAAAGCUCUUCCCAUUUGGCCAUCAUUAUUGGACGUCCAAUGUCCUGUGCCUAUCUAAUCAUUGUUGCCUUAACCAUCACCUCCUUAACUUUCCAUUCCAGGAGGAGUCGAUAUAUUCUCGAAAUUACCCUGAUUUUAUUAUUUAUUAAUUCUGUUUAGAGGGCUGAUUAUCAAAUCAAGUAUUUUUAUCUUGUUUAAAUAUUUUGUAUAUUUCAUGGUAUUCCAACCAACCAGAAAGCUGGUCUUUUAUCUCCUCAUAUUUUCUAAAUUUAAUUUGGCCGUCCUCUUCUAACAAUAAAGAAUUAUAUGUUAUCCAGUCUCCUUUCAUGUUCUUCUUUUUUACCAUGUUUGCUUCAGCUGGCGAUAUCCAAUAUAGAGUCUUUUAUAUUUUCCCCAAACUCUAAACAGGGAAUUUCUUACUACGUGGUUUGUAAAGAUCUUAUGUACUCUAUACUUAUCAUAAUUUCCAGUUCACAGUUGGAUCCCUGAAGGCAGGCUUAAGCUUGUAGUUACAGAACAGAGUUUGAGUUCGUCCCAUAUGGGAAUGAGCCCCUUGUGCUGCUGGCUGAGAGCCAGCAGACAGCAAAAUACAUCAGUAUCAGCAUCAAAAGAAGAAGAACAAAAAGAAGGGGGGGGGAGAUGGCUGCAUGACUAGCCCUUUUAUGGGGUCUCCCAGGGUCAUACCCAUUUACCUGGUCACAUGCAGGGGGAGGAAGCUCCAGACCAGGUUUGACAGGAAGUCCUCCUGGCUGGAGUAACACCCCCCCCCACAUGUCCACUCUGGGCAAACAGGAAGUGUUGUACUUGACUGCUUAUGUUACAUCCCACAUAACCUACCCUGGGAGCUAAUGGUAAAGCCUGGGUAAAAAAAAAAAAUCAAUCAAUCAAUCAAUGUAUGUACAUACAUGUUUCGGGCUUUUCACCAGAACUUUCCUAUUUAAAUAACAUGCAACGAGCUGUUACAGCUACCACGGCCCAAACUAGAUGUGAUAGUGGCUGCUUCCCUUAUUAGAACUGGCUCCUCCCCAUCACUUUAAAACAGUGUGCUUUUUGGUCCAGUGGUUAGAGCUAAAUGGGUACAUGGGUUACAGAACUCUUACCAUGGUUACUGAGUAUGAUAAAUUUCCCUGGCAUUCUAGUAUCACCAACACACAGGUAAACAGAAGAUGAGUAGUUUCUUUCACCAGCUUGCUUUGCUCUGUUUUAAGACACCAUUUUAAAAACAGCUCAGUAUAAGAAAAAAAAACACCUUUUUUAUUUAUUGGUUGGCCUCAUAGCAGUUGUUCUUCAGUUGUGCUUCACCAGGAGAUAUCCUUCUAUCAAUUUUUUACCUCCUUUAAUCAGCAUGUGAAGCAUCUCCUGCCAAAAUAUCAAUUAGACCAGUGGAGGAAGUUAUCCCGAUUCAUGUUCUACCUGAUUCCCCUUUCAUCUUUCCUUUUUGCCAUUCAGAGUGGGCUCCACUGAGGAUGGCUUCUUCUGUUGCUGUGACACAGAUCUCAUAUGUGAGGUGAGAAAGGUCAGUACUGCAUGCCUCUAAGGUCUGCACCCCAGUUGACCUAAUGAGAACAUCAGCCUUUUGUGUAAUUGUGGGUUUGGCUUUAAGCAGUGCUCCUUGGUGUGGCUGCAGGGGUCUUAGACAAGAAUGCUCUGUUUUCAGAUAGGACAAAAGGUCUGGCAGCCAUAUUAACGAUUGCUGUGUUACAGGAUCUUCCAGAAAAAAUGAGACCAGAGGUGUUUUGGGACUCAGAAAAGGGCCAUGAAAAAUACAGGUGAGUGAUCUUUUUGAACUGUUUCCUUUUGGGAUUCAGAGACCAUGGAACACAUUUGGUAUAUGUUGAUCUCAUAGUCAUCACACAUGGUGGUGUUUUCUAAAAUGUAUCCAAUUACACUAGAGACCUGCACAUUGCAAUGAAAGAUCAGUCAUGAUGGGCAAGUUCUCACUGAUAUCUUCAAUGAGGAGCUUCUAGGUUUCUUGGAACACAGUUGGGAAAAAAACAUUACUCUGGAGCAAUUCUGUUGCACAUAUCCAGUUGUUUAUCCACUUUGAAGAUAUGGGUAGCAUCAUAGACUAUAACUAUAGAAUUGUAGAGUUGGAAGGGACCAUGAGAGUUAUCAAGUCCACCUAGUUUUUUUACUCACAGGGCAGCCUCACAGCAAACCUGCUUCUCCAUGGAAUAAUGCUGAGGGUGUAGAAUGAUGAACCCAGGAGGUUUCCUUCCCUAAAAGUUUCAACUUCUAAUUCAGUAUAUGAAGCAUCUCCUGCAAAAAAAUAUACCAUAUUUUUCUAUGUAUUGGAUGAGGUUUUUUGACACAAAAAAAUGUUUGAAAACUGGGGUCAUCCAAUACACGGAGAGUGGCAUGGGGGGAGAUGCUGCUGCGCAUGGGGAGCGAUCUGGGGGCACUGGCUGGUGGCGUGCAGCUUCUCCCAAUGCCACAGCGAGCAGGGAGUGAUCUGGGGGCACUGGCUGGUGGCGUGCAGCUUCUCCCAAUGCCACAGCGAGCAGGGAGUGAUCUGGGGGCACUGGCUGGUGGCGUGCAGGGCUGCCACAGCGAGCAGGGAGCAAUCUGGGGGCACUGGCUGGCUGGAGCACAACUUCCCCUGGUGCUGCUGCACGAGGGAAACACUCGGUACCUGCGCACAGGAAAUGAUCUAGGGAGUGUUUCCUGCCCACAGCUGCGUGGGGGGAGAGACUCAACAACUUUGGGCCAUCUCCCCUCAUUUUCUCAAAACUGAGUCCCCCAAAAUGGGGGGGGGGUGUCCCUUAUACACAGGGGCAUCUAAUAGAUGGGAAAGUAUGGUAAAUUAGAACAAUAGAAAUUCUCUUUAUCCAUGUUCAACCUACUUCCCCUUUCAUCUUUCCCUUUGUGCCAUUCAGAGUGCGCUUCACAAAGGCUGGCUCCUUCUAUUGUUUAGAUACGGAUCUCAUAUGUGAGGUGAAAGAAGCUGUGACCGUAACAUACCACUUUGAUUCAUGGCCUAAGCACCUGGAAGGACAGACCACCGAGGAGUGGCAUGUUGCUGGCCCUCUGCUCAACAUUCAAGUGGAUCCAGUGGAGGCUGUGUCAGCUGUUCACUUCCCUCAUUUUCUGUGUCUUGAAGGUAUGCUAGGAAACAAAGGCUUCCAAUAGUAAGACCAAAAUAGGUAGAAUCCUUAGCAAGAAUAAUGGAUCAGGAAUGCUAUGGGGCCAGCAGUGUUGGUUCUAUGUAUCAAUAGUGCUCACUUACCUAUCUUUUGUACUUGGUUUCAAUUUUGCAAUUUUAACUCUGCUAUUUAUUUCCUAUGAUUUCUAUAUUUUCUUUUUGAGCUGCCUUGAGAGGACAUUGCCUGUAAGGAGACCAGGGGGGAAAACCUUAGAUUAUGACGAUGAUGAUGACAACAACACAAUAAAUGCUUGCAUUAACAGGGACGGUGAUGAGUUUUGUCACCCAGACUCAAGUUCACCCUUUCCCACUUGUAACAGGUUUCUUUAUUAUUCCUUUGUGCUCCUUUUCAGAUGAAGACAGUUCCCAAGUCCAUAUUGCUCACUUUGUUGAAGAAGGGAUGGUACUGGAGAGGCCAGACAGAGUGGGACCAUAUCAUGUUGUGUUGGAAAAUCCUACCUUCUCUCCCCGUGGAGCCAUUUUCAGAAAGUCAUGGUUUAAGCGAAAGAUUAAGGUCCACACUGUGGCACUGCUCUAUCAAAUGCUUCGAUUCAAGGCACCAACAUUUCACCUAUACCUCCUACCCAAUGACUCUUCUGUGAGAAAGGUAAUCAGGAUUCUCCAACUGAUUGGUAUUCCAGACAGCCUGGAUCAUUUGCCUGAACAUAGGAAGCCUGACAGAGUAGCUAUGCAAAAUUAUGCAUCAGAGUGUGUCAUGGUUCAUGAACUCAUUUACCAAACUGCUCGUCAACAUCAACAUGCCCCUAGAGAGAUUAGUAGUUGCCCUUCACUGAGUUACUUUGGUUUGCACCAGUAGUGAUGUUUAAAAGUGACAUUUCCAAUGCUAGGCAACCUCCUUUCCAGAGGGCAAAUGCCAUGCCUGGUUCCAUAGACAACAGCAUUGUCACUGAAUUGUGAAAACAAAAUAUCCUUAUGCUACUAUUUCUAAGUACACUCAGCCUUCUCUGAAGUUAAUGGAGAUUCCUUCAAAAUAAAUGUAUUUAGCAAUGAAGAAAUUCAUCUUACUUUGUUUAGGAAUUGGUUUGGUAUUUACUAGGAGCUUUCUCCAAGAACUCAUGAGGGAAAUGUUGCUUCUGGUUUGCAAAGUUGGCACAUGAGGGAUAAGUUGCCUUCUCAAUUUCAACUGCUCCUCAGAAUACUGUCCUAUGUUUUGAUCAAAGUGUAAUGCCUUCUAUGGUUUCCUGGGUUGUCUCAUCAGGAGAGGUGGCUGUAUUGUUAAGUAUAAUUGUUUAAUUGUACAUUGAAAUGGAAAAUAACUCUGUAUGUGUAGUACUAAAAGCGCAACAUGUUAUGGAAACUUCUACUGAGCUGCAGAGUGCCUAACAGUUAAUGAUUAGUGAGAAUGUAUCUCUACCACUCUGUCACGAGGUGUUUAACUUAGAUCACGAGGUAUUCCGUUACAGGUCUCCAUUUUGGUUGUGUGAAUUAGCUCUGUGUCUGAAAGCACCAAAGAGAAAGGAUGUAUGAUUCUCUCUCUAGAAUGCAGCCUCAGGCUAAUGGAGGCUGGAAUGGGAGAGGCAGAGCUUUGAUUUCAGCUCUGAAUGAAGAUGUUUAUAUUUCUAAGAUAUUUUUACCUGUGCUGGGAUCAGCACAUGAUAUUAUUAUGCAAUUAUCUGGAUGUAACAUUAUUGUUGUAAGUUUAUUUUGGAGCAAGUUCUGUUAGUAAAGCUUUUGAUCCAUAUUUUUGGACUGGGCAAUCUUUAUUUCAUCCUAUUGCUUCCAAAUGCACAAUAUUAAUAGCCUCAAUGUGCUGUGAGAAUGCCAAAGGAGAGGUAGGGAUCCAAUUUUUAGCAGCUUGGUGCCCUUUUUGUAUGUCUCAAAAGUAACAUUGUUUGUCGUUCACAGGCGGUUGAUGAACAUGAAGUAAAUUGUCCUUCACACAGAAUAGAGAAACCCCCUGGGACCCUAAAACCUCUGACGAUUGGCUCUCGCUUCUUUGUGGAGGCGAAUGAUGUCACUGUCUGUCCUGAGGUGAGAAACAAAGAAGAAAGGUUUUGCUGGGGGAGAACCCAGAAUGGGAGAAACUAUAUCAGGAUCUUUCUCUACCCUUUAAUUUGACUCCCUUAGAACUGGGUGCUAUACUAAGCCCUAUUCACAUCUACAGAGGUUUCAUUCUUCCCCACAGGAACUGGAGUUUCAAUACCUGGAUGCAGAGAAGCUGCAGCAGUACCUAGAACUGUCUGCUGAGCAAAUACAAGACAAGUUCAACUUCUCUCUGAUAGAAAAGCACACAAAUAAGCUUGUUUGGAAGACCCAUGUGAAACGAGGUGAGGAUUUUUUUUUCAAUGGAGGACCACAAUCUGGAUUGUGGCUUGGGAGGCAGAAUGAAAAAGGACCACUAGUCACAUUCCCUGUCUGUCUGACUGUCUCUUUCCUGUUCUCUUUCAGAGGAGUUAAAUUCAGAUGAGAUGAAUUCAACACAAGGUCAGCAGGUUUUAAUGACUUAUUUCCUUUUGCUUAACCUGUAUGCCUCUCUUCCUCCCAAAGGGAGCACAAGAGUGGCUGGUGAUAUGGUACUAUAUACAUGGUACAGCAACAGAAAUUGUAACAUUCUGAAAUAGAGAUGAGUUGACUUGGCUUUAUGGACUUUUUUUUUGUGUCACAUGAAGAUAACAAUAAGAAUAAACAGCUUCCAACAAAUUAAAACAUCAAACACAGUAAAACAUCACACAUUAAAAACUUCCCUAUACAUUAUCAGAUCUCUGGAGAUCAUGACAGAUUAGGGGUCAUCAUGUGGGGUGGUCAGCCACAGCAGGCUUCUAGCAGUGCACCAUACAUUUAAAGUCCACUUUAUAUCACCUCAAUAGUCAUAGGGAAUCCUGUGAACUCGAUCAUUAAGGGUCUCCUUACAACUCACAGCACCCAUAAGAACAGGGUUUUUCUGAAUAGAUUGGUCACUGCAAUGCCUGCCAAACUUCCUCUGCAAAUUCUUCACACUGAAAGAGCUUCUGCAUUCCUGACUUUCUUCCCCAGCCAUUGUUUACUUGCUGGUUUUCAGCUCCCUUCUUGGGGUUAUAGGUGCCAAUUUGGGCCCCAGGUUAUGGGUGCCCAAUGGCACCCGCGACGUAACAUGACAUAGUGACAUCACAUUACAUCAACAUAAACUGGAAGUCACGUUGGAAGGCCUGGUAGGGCCUCGGGCAUGAUCUCAGAGGCCUCACAGGGCCUUGGAGAUCAUGUACGAGGCCUAGUGAGAUCUUUGACGAAACUGCCAGUUUGUACCAGAAGUCAUGUUGGAGCCUACGCUGUGGGUGCCAAGCACCCACAAUUUUGGGGGGGGGGGCUUGACCCCAGGGCCCCCUAUAAUUGGUGCCUAUGCUUGGGAUCAUGACUGGGGAAGAGCAAUUUAGAUGAUAUUUGGAAGUCCUGGGUUCAUCUCUCACCAUGAUCAUUCAUCUUCUCAAAGGUACCUGCUUGCAUUGUAUGUAUCCUCACUCUCUCUUCUUUCCAGCCUCUCGUAAUGGCACACUCACCAAUGCACCACCCAGAAGAACUGACUCAGGACAUGGAGUGGAAAGCAGGUAGGGCUUGAUCCUUUCUCUCACACUCCGUUUCCAGUCCUACCAUUAGGAUAAUGAGGCAGUUGUGUCUGGCAGGCGGCAGAUAUUGGGCAGGGGCGGGGAGGUACAAUACAGUUUCUUUAAGACUUAUUUACAUUUGCCUUGAUGAAGUUACAAUAUCUUUAAAUAAUAGUUACAGAGAGUCACCUAAGGCUGGCUGAAAAAGCUUAGUGCAAAUUACUCUUACGGUAGUUCCAUCUUCUCAGUCAAUUUCAUCAGAAUGCACUGUAGACUUCAGCUGGUUUGCUUUGAGCCAGUGUUCGAUCUCUCUCAUGAGAGCCACCAGAGCCCAUGUGAGAUUCUCCCAGAGCCCAGUAAGCAAGGUGGAGAGCUGAAAAACUUUUUUGUUCAGGAUCGUCCUGGUACAGAAAGCACUUUUUUGCUUUCUGCAUUGCGUUUAUCUGAUGAAAAUAGGGAUGCCCUAUUUAAUCAUCAUCAUCAUCAUCAUCUGACUGGGUUUCCCCAGCCACUCUGGAUGGCUUCCAGCAUAUAUAAAAACAUAAUAAAACAUGAAACAUUAAGAAACUUCCCUAUACAAGACUAGCCUUCAGAUGUCUUCUAAAGGUUGGUUAGUAACUUAUCUCCUUGGUUCAGGGGAGGCGGGUCACAUACAUAUAAGCGAAAUCUGUGUAAGUUGGGAGUUAACUGUACAUUCUCACACAGAAAACAGAUGUGCAUGGUGCCUCUCUUCCCCACUCCCUCACACUCCCUGCACUUGUGUGGAGAGGGGUAGACAUGUUGCCUCUGCAUGGAAGUUCCACCCAUGCCAGCACUGUUGCUUUGCAAUCUUUAAAGAGGAGAGUUGCUCUUUAAGGUGUUUUACUGCUCAGCAAUCAAAGAUGGCUCUCCAAGCUUUAGAACCCCCUCCGGCUACAGCUCUUCCCGCUCCCUCUGUGCUGAUCUAAGUUUUGGAAGUUAUAGCAGCACCUCCAAAUAAUCAGGAGUCCUUCUUGGGUCCCUUUGCUGAACUUCUUUUGUUUUAUGCCUGCUUUUCCCUGCCUCUGGGGGGACAACAAUGCAGAGCGACGGUGAGGAGCAUCAGAGACUGCCUGAUAUCUACUCUGGAGAACUUGGGUGAGGACGAACUCAAGAAAUUCAAGCUCAAGCUCCAUGAGUUCCCUGUCAUUGAAGGCUACGACAACAUUCCCCUGGGGCGGCUGAAGAUGGCAGAUGCCAUGGACCUGAGCCAACUCCUCCUGAGUUUCUACAUGGAGGAUUAUGCCGUGCAGGUGAUGGCUGAUGUCCUCAGAGCUAUCAACUGCAGGGAUGAGGCAAAGAAGUUCCUCAGCCUCACUGGGUGAGAAAGGAGGAGUCCCAGCUUGUGGAAUUCAUUGUGAGGUAGGGCAAAUGGAUUGUCACCUGCCCCAGCCCCACACCACCCUGUGAGUGGAGGGAGAUUGAUUCUGAUAAUCUCUUCAUGGGACCUGUGGGGGUGGAAAACUUUAUACUACGGUAAGGUAAAAGGUAAAGAACCCAUGGACUGUUAAGUUCAGUCAAAGGAGACUUUGGGGUGUGGCGCUCAUCUUGCUUUCAGGCCAAGGAAGCCAGCGUUUGUCCACAGACAGCUUUCCAGGUCAUGUGGCCAGCUACUGGUGCCUGGAGGACCGUGGCGAAAGCCAGAGUGCACGGAAAUACCAUUUACCUUCCCACUGCAGCAGUACCUAUUUAUCUACUUGAACUAAUAGAAAUUAUUAUCUAAUAAAAAAUAUUAUUAAAAAA